UUAGACAUAGUCCCAUAUUUUUUCAGCAUGUUAAACCCAAUAAUUUAUUGCAAAUAUAAUCGAGAAUUUCGUGUUCCAUUUGGAGAAAUGCUUUGUUGUCGGUUUAGAACAAUUCAGGACGUUAUGAGAAAUGAAAGUUAUUAUGCUAAAUUUGGUUCUCCAAGAAUUUCUGAAACAAAAAUUGGGGGAAAUCAACAACGGUCAUCUGGAAAUAACUAUUAUACUAAAAGAAAAAGAAACAAUACAGAAAGAAGAGCACCACAAAAUGGAUUUUUAGAUUCUUCAAAGACGAAGAAAAAUUAUGGAAUUAAAAGGAAUAGUAGUCCUUCUAUUUUGAUGGAAUCAUCAAAAUAAAAAAAUUUUUUUUUGGUAAAGAAAAGAAUAAUCUCCGAGGAAUCCCGGUGGAAAAAUUUUUUGAAUUUCUACAUACGCUUGCUGAUCUUCAGCUUUUUUUAAAUGUGCAAAGGGUCAUUUUGGCUAUAUUUUUUAUUCGAAAAAAUGCCAAAAAUGGUCCUAAUAAUUUUUUAUUGUUCUCGUUUUUUAAAAGAUUUUAUAUAUUGCUCAGAUGGUUGGGAUUUUUUGACAAGUUUAAGGAUUUUAGGAAGAAAUUUUAGAAAAAGUAAUUUAGAAGUAAUUUUAGAAAAGCCCGAAUUUUGCCUGUUUGGCAUUUCGACAGCUUUUAAGGGGUUGGCGUGAAGAUAGAGCGUAGGCCUACCAUUAGCUAGAAGAUAC